AUGUUUGGAUAUCUUUUAACUUACUCUUUUCAAGAUGAGAAAACAAGUCCAUCACCUGGCCAACCUGUCGACUGCGCGGACAUCCAGGGAAGUGGGGCGAACGUCAGCGGUGUCUAUGCCAUAUACCUUGGGAAGUAUACCAAUGUGUACUGUGACAUGGAGACUGAUGGGGGCGGUUGGACGGUUUUCCAACGUAGAAUAGAUGGUUCUGAGGAUUUCAACCGAAACUGGUUGGACUACACGAUCGGUUUCGGAAGUAUCGGGUCCGAGCACUGGCUAGGCAACGAUCUGAUUCAUCGACUGUCGAGUCAGCGGAAUUACGAACUGCGGGUCGAUCUGGCAGACUUCGAAGGGAAUACUCGAUAUGCAAAUUACGGCUUCUUUCACAUUGGCAAUGAAACAUUGCUCUUCAUCCUGACCGUCAGGGGUUAUUCCGGUAACGCAGGAAACGGCCUUAAUUAUCACAACGGGCAUACGUUUAGCACAGCAGACUGCAAUAAUAACCUUGGCUGUAAAUCAAGUUGUGGACGCUCAUACAGGUCGGGGUGGUGGUUCAAUAAAUGCAUUUUAUCUAAUCUCAACGGGAAGUAUUUACACGGUCAGUACCGAAACGCUAACGGUGACGGUGUCGCGUGGGGCGGUUGGAAUAUAAAGUUCUCUAUGAAGAUGAGCGAGAUGAAGAUUCGACCCAAUCAAGAUUCGACCCAAAUUUGA